AUGAACAGGGCGCUCCGCUUCUUGCUCUUUGGUAUUCCUCUUGUGGCGGCAUCUGAUCAGAUGUCGAUCGAUAUUGGCGAUACUACGGCUACAACAGCCUCUCGUGCACUGGAGCCUUUCACUACUACCACUGCGGUCAUCGAGGGCAAGUUUUGUGGGAGUGUAUGGUUACACUCGUUCGUUGUUACCUUGGAGAAGGAGCGUAUGGCUCUCGACAUACCAUCUUAUAAAGUCUCCGGUCAAUGCGAUUAUCACGUGACCGGCCCUCACGUUGAAGUCUCUAACUUUGACGAUGUCCUCAGGGACUUGAUGAACCGCGCUGGGGUAAGCACUUUUGACAUAACCAUCGUUGACGCGAGCAGACUCCGUAUCAAUGCUGGAGGUCUCAUGAGUACCACAGUCGAACGCUGUUAA